AUGCCGCCUCGUCCUUGCCUUGCCGUGUUGUGUUGUGCUUCCCCUUCCUCGCCCCUCAAACUCGUAAACCUGGGUCCAAUCCUCCUGGCGCCCGGCAUCCGCAUCCUGCUCAGCAUUCAUGCCGUGCCCUGCUCGCCGCUCUCCGCCGCAUCGGAGCGCUCGUCUUCCGACCGUGUUGCUCCCACUGCCAUCCCCAUCUCGCUCUGCACGCCAGCCGCCCUGCGUGUGCUUUGCGCCGGCGUCGUCGCUGCAAGCUCGGGGCGUGCCUGGUCGUCGGUCGUGCUUGCAUGGUUGCCGCUUCGGCUACUUUUCAUGGUCCUCCUCUUCAUCCUCUCUCGCUACACCUCCUUGCUCCUCUUCUCUCCCCCACCACCCACCGCUGCUGCAACGCUGCGAUCCAUCUUCCUCUUUCCCAUAUAUCCAACCACCCUCCUUCCCGACUCGACCCUGAUACGACCUGAUCCCUUUCUCCACUCACCACCAACACCGCUCGUUGCCAGCUCGUUGCCACCUCGUUGCCCGCUCGUUGCCCGCUCGUUGCCCGCUCGUUGCCCGCAUCUCGACCGCCACCUUUCAUCUACGCCACCAUCCUCGCCGCCACCCGCAUCACCAUCUGCAUCCACAUCGCAUCCUUCGCGCCGCGCCGUUUGCGUCGCACUCGGCCUCGUCCCGUGCGAGAUCCAAGUGCCACUACGGCCGGAACAGCAUCUCUCGGCCUCUCAGCUCGCCAAGACGUCUAGCUGCAUCCCGCUUGGCGCUUAUACCGCGGUCCCGUCGCUUGUGCAUCGAGCAAAGUCCCCGGUCACCACCUCAUCUUGCGCGCGCGCGCGCCGUGGCCGCUGCAGCCGACACCCGCCCGUAGCGCAUCGCACCACUUCAUCUCGCACAGCACCACCGACCACGCUGCCGCGAGCCGGCACGAUCGCACCGUCUCCCCUGCAACCCACCUUUCUGCAUCUCGCGCAGCAGUCUCCGAUCGGCCCCACAUCCCCGUUCGCACAGGAAGGUAAGCUCAUAUCCUCGGCCUCAUCCCGACCCGCCCCAAUGAAACGCCGAGGCACAGAUGAAGACGCGGAGGUGGCUCGGCUCGCCGAGAUGAACCAGGCGGCCCUCUACGCCCGGCUCCCGAAUCUGGCGCCCUCGAUGCUCCUCCCUCAACUUCCGCUAUUCCGCCGCAUCUGCGGGUGCCUUUUCAAUGCGCAGCACCAGCUGCCGCCUCUCUUUGUCCUCUUUCCCCUCCUGUCCGACGCUCAUCUCCCCACGCCGCAUACACGAGCAGCUCAACCUGCUGGCGACGUUCUGCUUCGCGGCGAGUCAGAGCUUUCGGCGUUUCCCGCUCGCCAACCUCUCCGCCCACCGCUGCUUGUCGGACCUCCGCACACCGCACUGGUUGCCGUGCUUCCCUUUCGAGACGACCAAGCAUGCUCACUCUUACAUUCUCGUAACACCGCUCCACCUUCUCUUGUCGCCAACAGGAUCGCAUCUUUCGUCAUCGCUCGCCUCGGCGCAUCCCAGCAAAGCUCAACUCGCUUCUUGACCGAGCUUCAACUCUGCUCUUCAUUCGAUCGCACCCGCAGUCCCGUCGCCCAUCUUAGCCCUGUGCCGGCGAUCCUUCGGUCAUCGCUCAAGGUUCACACGACUUCACCGGCCGGUGGAUCUGCUUCUGUCAUCCGGCCGCUUCGUGGCCCUCUGCCCUUUGGAGAGGCCAUUGCUUCGCCAGUGAUGCCGGCUACGUUCGCCCGAAGCGAGCUCCCCCUCAUCAUUCCGCGCAAGACCAUGCACAAGCCCGUACCACUCGACGAAUCGAGUGCAGCCUCGUUGCAACUUGCUCCUGUGGUUGCGCAUUUGGCACCGGUUUCCAACCCUGGUCUGCACCAUCGCCAGCACAUCGCCAGUCAGCUUCGCAGACGUCGAGUCGCAGCGUUCCCGCUACUGUCGCCUCUGCUCGCUCAAUUGGCCGAUCGAAUUGGACGGAGGUAUCAUGUCGACACUGUCUCGGCUUUCGACACAGCAUGCGAUGCGAUACAGAUGUCGGCGCAUCCUCGACACAGGGAAUCGGCGAUCCGUAACGCGCUUCCAGAACGUCUUAAGCUCCACGUCGCCGGUCUUUGUGGCAACGCAGCGUCAUCAGAUGCCUUGAGCCUGCUGAGCUGCGCUUUGGCAGCAGCCUUCUUGGAGUUGUUCGCCAGCCUUACCGGGCAGUGGGGAGCACUCAAAGUUGGCCCCGCUACAAGGCCAAAUCCGAGGCGGGAGCCACGCAUUUCUCACGCUAGGCUUUACAGCCUCACGUCGUUGAGCAUCGAUGAUGUGGGCCUUUCGCACCUGUCCACGGUCCACGGUCCACGAGCUGCCAGCUACAGCUACAGCUCCAGUGCUCCAGUCCUCAUGUCGUGCGUCGUGCGUCUGGCGUCCCAUGACCAUAUCGAUCUGGUCGCUCGCAACAUGUUCGACAUGGACUAUGCACACCGCGCAACCACUCCGCGCAUCGACCGUCUUCCGUCCGGCGCACAGCCGACGAGCUUCAACAUGUCGGUCCCAUACUACACAAAUACGGCUAGCGCUUCUAGCUCGCCCUACCGACCUGGCACUGCCGAUGGAUCGUGGGAGCAGGCCAAGCAGCCUGGCGUCGGCGAAGUCAGGCCCGAUCUGUACGCCCAGCUACCGCCCAGCACCACCUCCUCCUCUCAGCUCCGCCCGGAGCCGCUGCAGACGGCUGCACAGCCCUCCAUGCUCGGAUCCCAGAUGGGCGUCUACCUCGGCCCAAACGUCGUGACUCCACGCCAAUCUGCGUUCCCCAGGGACCAGGUGGAUGCUUCGACGCAAUUCGCAUCAGCCGGUAGCAUGGAUGCGUUUGGUCACGGCGCACCAGGUGCAAUGUCCACCGACACACCGAGGGCCACGCACUUUGGCGUCAGCAGCGCGCUCGACGCCUCCAAGAUGGGCAUGGCCACACCAUCGCAUCCCUUCGACACUGCGUCCGGCUCCACAUGGUCGACGAUGCAGCCGCAAGCAGAGAUGCCGUAUCGAGGAUACGCCUACCCGGUCCAGACGAGCGCAGGCUCGUGGUCUGCGCCCGGCGGCAUGUCCAUGUCGCAGAAUGCCAUCUACGACACCUCGUCGUCGUCGGCCAACACCAGUCCCAACCGCUCGCAGGCUUACUACGACAUGUCGGGCGAACAUCACUUUGACCACGGCGGCUAUGCCUCGCACAUGGGCGCCGCGCCUGCCUACCCCAUGUACGCCGCCUCCUCGUCCAAGUUCGGCAGCGCCAGCGCAUACGCCGCCGCCGCCGCCCAGCCAGAGUACCAGCCCGAGGAGAUCGACAGCAUGCUCGGCCAGGUCUCGACGCUCUACAAGACGGCUAACACCAAGAAGAUGGCCGAAUUCUACCGCGACAAGUGGGCUCGCAUGUGGCUGACGUGCAACUACACCUUAAAGCCGUCGAUCCAGAUCUCGAUACCGCGCACGAUCCUGCACGAGUCGUAUCGCCGCGCGUGCGACGCCUUUGGCCUGGAGCCGCUUCAGGCAGCGUCGUUCGGCAAGGUGCUUCGUAGCCAGUUCCCCGACGUGGCGCAGCGCAGGCUCGGCGGUCGCGGCAAGACGCGCUUCCACUACUGCGGCUUUGGAACGUCCAACGAGCGCGAGGCGAUCAAGGUCAAGUCGCUGCUCGAAGACGAGAAGGCGGGCAAGCUGCAGCUGAGCGCCGGGCUGAGUGCCGAGUACGCCUCCGAGGCUCGCGCCAAGGCGCGCUCCGAGGGGCAGGAUAGCGAGACUUCGUACCGUUCGCAACGCUCGGCCGAGGCGUCGCCCGGCGAAGGCCACACGAACGCGGGCCGUGCGCUCAAGCACGAGCAUUCGCCGCACGCCUCGUCGGACGGCAGUGCGCUCGGCACCACCGGCAUGGGCACCGACAACCGGCUCAUCGCCUCGGCAUUUGCGACGCUCAACAGCGCCAUACUCACACCUCCCGGCACGAGCUCGGGUGCUGGCUAUGCGGGGCAGGACGCUUUGCGUUUCUCGACGCAGGCGCAACCGCUUUCGCAGGGCCAGGCAGAGGCCGCCGCCUCGAGCAGCACGACCGGAUUCAUGCCCAGAAGGCACACGGUCUCGCACUCCUACUCGGGCUUCAGCGAUCUCGGCUUUGCGCCCUCGGCGCACGCGUCGAGCGAAGCGGGCGAUGCGGCCGGUCUGCCCUCGAGCGAAGUGUCGAGCUUUGGCGUCGGGGCGGUGUCGGGCAUUGCGGAGCCGGCGCAGUCGGGGUCGCUGCUCAACAGCCCGGCGUCGUCGCUGCAUGGCUACCAGUACAUCCAGGAUCCGCGGCACAUGCCGAGCUCGAUGCCAUUCCGGCGCUCGUGCCAGGAUCUGCCGGACUGGCCGACGGUGGGUGGCGAGGCGGGCGCGGGCUCGGCCUACGGAACGUCGACGCCCGCGGCGGCGUCGGGAGGCGCUUCGGCUGGCAACGCAAGUCUGCCGGCGGAGUCGCGAAAGGCUUGGCGUGAGUACGAGUCCCUCUGUCAGGCACUGCUCUACUCGAUCUACCUCGGUCCUGACCCUGUCUCGUUUGAACAGCGAACCACUUUGUUCUGGACUAGCCUGAGCGCGGCGACGCGCGAGGCGCUGCACGCGGACGCGAUGCUGCAGGGCAUGGUGCUGCGCGCCGACGGCAUCAUCUUUCGGCAGCUGCUCAACAAGCUCGACGGCAUGAUUGGCGACGAUGUGGCCGACGAGCGCAUGCCGGCGCUGCGGAGUCUGGCCAGGAUGCUUGCGGAGCGCAUGGCGGAGCUGGUGCGCGAUGCGCUGCCCGAGGCGUGCGCGACGACCAAGGUGCAAGCAUCGCAGAGGAUGGGCGAGAGCCUCGAGCGCGUCAUCAAGAUCUUUGAGGCGGUGCGCACGUUUCGCGAAGAGUCGAUGCUCGACGUGGGUGGCGACUGCGAUGCGGACGCGGCGCACGCAUGGUGGGCAGGCAACGCUGGGGCUGGCUCGAGUGGUGGCCCGCGCGGGCUGGGGCUGGCUGGGGUCGUGCGAGGCAACCGUUCGCGGUCCGGCACGCAGAGUUCGCUCGGAAGCAUGGCGGGACCGCUGGCGAACCUGCAGCUGCGCCGACGCGAUACGAGUGUGGGUAGCAGCCUGUCGGACUCGCAGCAUGCGUGGACGGGCAGCGAGCAGCGCGCGUCGUCGUCGGCGUCCGAGAGCGAGGUGUCGUCGACCCAGUCGGCCGAUCUGGGCGCCAUGCCCAACAGCCUGUAUGCGCCGCUGGCACGCAAACCGACGUCCGCCGGCGGACUGCGCGCGCGCGUGGCCUCCCAUCCGGCACCUGAGAGCAGUUCCAAUACUACAAUGGCGCUGGCGAGCUCGCUCGCGGCUGCCAUGCCGGCAUCCUCGCCGCAGCACUUUGCCACGCCGAGCGCGCCCAACUCGCGCCCCACCACCGCCUCCACCUCCGCUCCCCCGCCGCCGCUCGACUGGCGCGACCACCCGAUGUCCUAG